AUGCUGCCCUGGCUCACAGAGCCCUGCAGGGGUCCUGGUCACGGUGCGUGGCAGAGCCCGGCCACUGGCUUCUCUAACCCUGGCUCUGUCUCUCUCUUUCUACCCCCAGGGAGUAAAACCCAAGGCGUGGUGCAAGGUGUGACCUCAGUGGCUGAGAAAGCGAAGGAGCAGGCGUCCCAGCUGGGCGAAGCGGCGUUCUCAGGCGCCGGCAACAUCGCGGCGGCCACCGGGCUGGUGAAGAAGGAGGAGUUCCCUGCGGACCUGAAGCCGGAGGAGGUGGCCCAGGAGGCUGUUGAGGAGCCGCUGGUCGAGCCGCUGCUGGAGCCAGAGGGGGAGAACUACGAGGAGCCCCCGCAGGAGGAAUACCAGGAAUACGAGCCAGAGGCAUAAUGGACCCCCAUCCUCGCCUCUUCCACCAGCAGCACAACGAACCGCCGGUAGCCCCCUGCUCCUCCCCAGCCGGCCCCGGCCGGUGCCCACGUCCCGGGGAGGAGCAGGGGGGGCCCUGCCCCGUUCGCUCACGAGUUCUUCCUCCAGUUCCGUUCCAAGGAACUGUGUCCGUCUCUCCGUACCGUGUCUAGCAGUGAGAAAAACCCACCCGUGUCCAAGCCCCCGAGCCCCGGCGUGUGCCCGAGCUGCGGGCGCUGCCCGCAGGGGCCGGUGUGUGCGUGCGUGUGUGCGUGUGUCCCCGCAGCCCGGGUUUAUCACUCUGCCUCCCUCCCAGCGCCAUAAACCCCGGCUGCGUCCCGGCGUGUCUGUGUCUGUACAAAGCAUGUUGACCUGCUCGCGGGCUGCUGUACAUUUUGCUUGCACGUGUGUCCCUGUGGUUCUGCUCUGGUCAUCGUGGAACUAUUUUUUUUUUUUUUAUAUAUAUAUAUCUCUAUCUCUCUCUAUUUAUGGGUGGACGGGUCUUUUGCCUUUGUGAACCCUUUGGUGCCCAAGCCCUCUCCCCAGCCUGCUGGGUGGUGACGGUGCCCACGUGCCCCCCUACCCCCUCCCUCCCCUCCGAGGUCCCGUAGUGCCGACGCUGUGUUGUGACGUGGCAUGGAUAUCCCCCCGCCCCCGUCGCUGGAUGUGCAAUACGAGGGCAGCUGCCAGUGACACAGCUGCCCCCGUGUCCGUGAAUAAAGCCAACUCUUGUCUGUAGA